AUGAGUUUCGGAGCUCCAGGCGGUGCCGCUGCUAACUUCAAACCUACUCCACCGGAGCGAGGAAGUUUCCCCCUUGACCAUGACGGCGAAUGCAAACACCUGAUACAAAACUACCUGAAAUGCCUCAAAUCGCAAGGAGGCGUCAAUAAUGAGGAUUGCCGGAAACUUGCCAAGGGCUAUUUGGGUUGUCGUAUGGACAAGAAUCUCAUGGCUCCCGAUGAGUUCAAAAAUCUUGGCCUCGAAUUCAAGGACAAGUCUGCCGGAGAAGAUCCGACGGCGAAGAAAACGUGA